CCACCUGCAACAUUUUUGCCGUCUCUUCCCCCAUUCUCUCUUUGCUUUAUUACACCUUUCUUUCAAUGGCUUUCCUUUCUUUAAAUCGUUUCCAAUACUUCAUUUCAUAAUUGGUUCAAAAUAAAAGCUAUGAUUUAAGACCUACAUACACUACACACACGAGUUUGCUCAAAACACUUUUACUUUUCAAAGAGAGCAAGAAAGAUAAAGGAGGUUUUUACAGGUGGGUUGAGCAUCUUCAAACCUUCCUUUUGUUUUCAUAAUGUGAUGAAAUAGUUUGUAAUUCCAAGGAUUUCUUGACUUCUCUUCUUCAUCUUAUGAUGAUGUGUGGUUUAAUUGAUUUGAACACCAUUAAUGACGAUACUGACGCGGUUGCGACGUCGUCUUCUGAUUCUUAUGCAUCCGUCGCUGUUUCUCCGGCGCCUGAUUUGAAGACGGUAUCGUCUUCUCCGGUGCUUUGUUGUUUGGAGUUAUGGCACGCCUGUGCCGGGCCUCUGAUUUCUUUGCCGAGAAAAGGGAACGCCGUCGUCUACUUCCCACAAGGACACCUCGAACAACAACGAGUUCAUGGUUCUCCGGCCAUCGGCGGUUUCAACAUCACUCCCCACGUUUUUUGCCGCGUUAUCGACGUUAAGCUUCAUGCGGAGGCAGGAAGUGAUGAUGUAUUUGCUCAAGUUUCAUUGAUUCCCGAUAUUAAGCUGGAGAAGAAAUUUGGUGAAGGUGGAAAUGAAACAGAGGUCGAAGAAGACGAAAAUGACGGUCUUCAUGAAAAAUCAUCUACACCACACAUGUUCUGCAAGACCUUGACUGCUUCUGAUACCAGCACCCAUGGCGGAUUCUCUGUUCCACGUAGGGCUGCAGAGGAUUGCUUUCCUCCUCUGGAUUAUAAACAACAGAGACCUUCACAAGAACUUGUAGCUAAAGAUCUCCAUGGAACUGAAUGGAAGUUUCGCCAUAUCUAUCGAGGCCAACCAAGGAGGCAUUUGCUGACUACUGGUUGGAGUGGUUUUGUGAACAAGAAGAAGCUUGUUUGUGGAGAUGCUGUUCUUUUUCUGAGGGGUGAUGAUGGAAUACUAAGGUUGGGUAUUCGACGAGCAGCGCAAAUGAAGACUCCAGCUGGUUUUCCGGCAACCUGUGGCCAACAGUUGAAUGACUUCACCGCGGUGGUUAAUUCCAUAUAUCAGAAAAGUAUCUUCAAUGUCUGCUACAAUCCAAGGGGUGGCUUAUCUGAAUUCAUUGUACCAUACCAUCAGUUUCGGAAGCGUCUCACUAACAAAUUCUUGCCUGGAAUGAGGUUUAACAUGCGUUUUGAUACAGAAGAUGCAGUGGAAAGAAGGUUUGACCUAUAUUCCCUACUAAAACCUUUUUACCACACACGAUCAGAGUUAAAGUUCCCACACCGGUUAGAUUUUGACCAUUUCUCCUUAAUAUGUUGUCAUAAUCUGCUAUGUUUUUUUGACAGGUGUACAGGUAUCAUAACUGGGAUCAGUGACAUGGAUCCUGUUAAGUGGCCUGGAUCCAAGUGGAGGUGUCUGAUGGUAAGGUGGGAUAGUGUUGAAGUUACAAAGCAAAACAGGGUUUCUCCAUGGGAGAUUGAGCGGUGCAACUCGGUUUCUGGAGCUAGUAGCAUUUCGUCACCCAUAUCAAAGAGAAUGAGGACUGGUUUUCCGACCAUCCGACCUGAUUUUCAAUUUCCCAAAGAUGGGGCAGAAGGAGCAUUAGACUUUGAGAAAUCUACAAGAUUUCAGAAGGUCUUGCAAGGUCAAGAAAUUUUCAGCUAUAAGAACGAUUCUUAUGAUCAUUGUCCCUCUAGAAUCAUUGGGCCGUGUUGGGAGGCAAAAAACUCCAUGUUAACUAACUAUCUCAGAAACCUCAUUGGCAUAGACUGUGAUGGAACCUUACGAAUGAAUCAGGUCCUGCAAGGUCAAGAAGUACCUUCUGAACCACAAUAUCCAAGAGCUUAUAAUAACUCGAUGCACCUUUCACCAUUUAUGCAGCAGCCAUCAUCUGUUUUACCUUUCCAUAACGCAAUUCGUCAAGCUCCUUAUUUUCAUCCUGGAUGCGUUACCGAUAACCUAGAGACACCCGAUUUUGGUCGGGUAUAUUCAAGACUAUCUUCUGAUCCUUUGAAAGAACCGGUUUCAACUUGUGAAAGUAAUUGCAAAGUCUUCGGUUUUUCAUUGACCGAGGGUACGAGUCAACGUACAUCUGUAUACGCUAAGAACUCGUGUAUGCUUGUAAACGAACAGGAAGAGAUGCAUCCAAAAAGGGCGAUAGUGGAGGGAAAAGUUGUAUCAAUGUAUGCCUUGGGUUAAGUGUUGGAAGAAAGGAGUUGAUGAAUGGUGUAUAGCAGGCCAGCAGGAGGAGGAUUAAGAAGAUGAUCCCAACAUAUAAGGUAUUAUCAUCCUCUAAUUAUGUUAGAGUGAUGGCGUUGCAUCAGUUUGUAUAUUAUAUUUUGAGUGAUUAUGAUUUCAUUUUUGUUAUAUUAAACUGUUGCGUGGUAAAAGAAGACCUGUGUUGAUAAUUUUUCGCUUGUAAGUCGGAUCAAGAUGUAUUUUUUUUCCUUUUGGAAUCUACGUUUGGGUAUUUAUGGAAGAAGAAUGGAGAAGUUAUGGGUGUGAAACAUUAUAUGACUUGAUGAAGAUGUUCCUUUUACA